UGGUAACAGGUAUACUGAAACCACUUUCCAAUGGCCUUCACGUCUACUCCUCCACGCACAUACGAUGUGUUUCUGAGUUUAAGGGGUAUCGACACCCGUGAGGGUUUUACAGAGCGUUUAUACCAGAAACUGCGGUGGCACAAAUUUGAUGUUUUCAAAGACGACGAAGAACCUCAAAAAGGAAUACCUAUCUCUGAGAAGCUCCUGACUGCAAUAGAAGAAUCAAAGACUGCCAUCAUUGUCAUGUCGCCAAACUUCGCUUCAUCCACCUGGUGCUUGGAUGAACUGUUGAAGAUUCUUGAAUGCAUGGAAGCUAGGAAUACAGUUUUGCCGGUUUUUUAUGAUGUGGAUCCCUCCCAUGUCCGACAUCAAUUGGGGACUUUUGCAGAAGCCAUGGUAAAGCAUGAACAAAGAAUUAAGGUAGACAAGGUGCAACUUUGGAGAGAUGCUUUAACAAAACUGGCUAAUUUCGUUGGGUGGACUUCAAAAGAUUAUGGCUCUGAGGCAGAGGUUAUCGAUGAAAUAGUGGAACAAGUGCAGAAUAAAGUACACCCUGCUAUCACCUUGUUAGGUUCCACAGAGAAGUUGGUUGGGAUGGAUUCUGAACUAAAGAAAUUUAUUCGGCUCUUAGAACCGGAGGCUGAUGAUGUUUGCUUUUUAGGGAUAUGGGGUAUGGUCGGGAUCGGUAAGACGACUCUUGCUAGAUUAGUGUAUGAGAGAGUUUCCCAUAAUUUCCAAGUUAGCUGCUUUCUUGCAAAUGUCAAAGAAGUUUCUGAGAAACAGAGUCUUGUUCAUUUGCAAAACCAGCUUCUUUCCUAAAUCUUGAAGGAAAACUUUGUAGAAG